AUGUCGGAAUUUCCUUGGCCCCAUCCAACCCACGCCGAAGACCAACCCUACGCCAAAUCCCUGCUAUACAUCCACGUAUUCCACCGCGGCUUCGAAGCCGGCGGUCUUAUCGGCUCGUUAUAUGGAAGCUACAAACUUUACAGACACAACCAGCAAAUCCAAAAACCCUCUCUAGCUCCAGCUCCAGCUCCGGCUUCGGCUUCGGCUUCGGCUUCGUCUUCAGCACUCAUCAAAAACACCGGAAUGAGAACCAUCUUCUACCCAACCGUAGCCCGCUCCUCGCUCAUCGGCGCCGGAGCCACAAUGCUGCUCUUAACGGGCCGAAUGCGGGGUACCGAAGACGUGGAAUGGCAGGAUCGGAGUUGGCGAUUGUUAGAGAAUGAGGGUCAGGUUAUGCAUGAUUUGUAUGCGGAUGUUGGUGCAGCUGUGGGUGCUGCGGCUGGUGUUGCGAGUGUUGUUGCAAAUAGGUUACCGGUGUCGGUAAUGGUAAGGGAGGUGGUGGGCAGAGCUGGACUAGGGGCCGUGGUUGGGUUUGUGGGUUGUGAGGUUGUGAGAGGGUAUAGGCUCUUUACUGCGAAGGGGGGAGAUAAUGCAUGA